AUGACUUCUACUAUCAUGUGGUUUUUCGUACUCUUGUUACUGCUCCAGAGCGUUCACGGCUGGCACAUUGCAUUUCCGAACAGCAGCGACGUUAUCAGUAAUGAUCUUCGCGAAGUGUCAUUUCAACCGGCUUUCAUAUUUCCAGGAACGAAAUGGUGUGGCAGUGGUAAUGUCGCGGACGGUCCGGAUGAUCUAGGGAUAUUCGCGAUGACCGACGCAUGCUGCCGUGAACACGACAAUUGCAAUGAUAUAAUUGAGGCGACGCAGACGAAGCAUGGUCUGACGAAUACCGCUUUUUACACAAGGCUACACUGCUCAUGCGACGAGAGGUUCUACGACUGUCUCCAUAGUUCGGAGGAACUCGUUAGCACGAAGGUCGGCUUCCUCUACUUCAGCGUGUUAGACACGAAGUGCUUCCGCGAAGACUAUCCCAUCGUUGGCUGCAAACGGCAUUCACUCAUUCCUAGACGCUGUUUGGAGUACGAGCUGGACGAGAGCCAAUCGAAGAUGUAUCAGUGGUUCGACAUUCCCACGUAUUUUCAAAACGACCACCGGACAAUCGUCGGACGUCAUAUUUGAUCGUUCGAUUUCGACGCUUCAUUUGCUGACCGAUAGAAGUCUAUUUUACGACAGUACCAAUCCUUUU